UGCUCUGCCUUGGCCAGCAGCAGACGGAGCCGUGUACCGCCGCGAUCCGAUCGAGUUGAUCGCCAGGAAUUGUAAAACCCAAAGAUCGCGCUCUUUUAUUUCGAAUUGUGGCUCGCUUCACGGGCAAUAUAGCCAUUUAUUUCGGUUGUUAUCGCUUGUUCGCCUCGAUUUUUAGUCGGUAGUUUAACCAAAUUUUAUUUUAAACGAGCCGGGCCGCUCAUAAAAACCCAAACACAGCAUUCAUAAACAUUUAGACUGGGGCCAGCGCCAGCCAGCCAGCUUGCCAGCGAGCCAGUCAGCCAGAGAUCUCCGUUGCAUCGGUGCAGCUUUAAUGGAACGUGCGCUGUUCCAUGUGCGUGUGGAUUGCCCCUUGCCAACGUCCAGAGAGCCCUAGGAGUGGAACGUGACCCGGAACCGGCGCCACAAUCAGGAUGAAGCGCGACGUCUCCACGUCGACCAUUGGGCGGGAUGAGGCCCGUCGUCCGCUGAUGGAGGCCUACAUGUUCCAGCGGCGGGUGCUGCUCGGCUGCAGUCUGCUCAUGGUGGUGUCCCUGCUGAUCUGGAUAGUGGCCAUCUCGACCGAUCACUGGAUUAUCAUUUCCGGCGGAAAGGGCAUUUUCAUACCCGAAUCCCGGCGCUUCUUCAUGUCCUCGCACUCGGGACUGUGGCGUCACUGCCGGAACACGAUUGUGCCCAAUGCCAUGAGCAAUGCCCAGGUGGUGCGCAACUUCAGCUCCAUGUCGUACACAUCGCAGACGAACAUCAACGAGGCGAAGCGGAAUCUGUCCCAAAUGGACUUCAUCAAGCAGUUCGCGCAGGAGAAGCUGGAGACGUCUGACAAUUUCACGGAAUCGGCGCGUCGCCACAUGUUUGCCCACUGGGUACGUGGCGAGGACAUGGAGUUCCAGACGCUGCGCCACGCCUUCCGCACCCUGGUGAUGAACACCGAGGAGAAUCAGCGGCAGUUCAAUGCCACGGCCAUUAAGCCCAUACCCAUCAAUCCGCUGGACGUGCAGGGCAUCAUUGAGAGGAAUACUUUCGGUUUGGCGCUGCAGCGGGUUAAGUACAACAACACCUGGUCCUACUACGUGAUCCCCGAGGUGGCGCAGUUAGCCAUCUUCAGCAACUGGACGGAUUACCCGCUGGUGGUUCGUCUGCUGGGCACCUACAUCCGGGAUAUCAGCAUCCCGGCCUACGUGCUCAACGAUGAACGGGUGAUCCUGAUCCUGGUGCCACCGCUGCCGCCCAAGAAGGGUCAGCCCGCCUACUACACCUAUAUCCCGAACCAGCGCUGCAAGUACAUCGACAUGUUCCCCAACUCGAAUGCCCUGCGAAAUGAGCCCGGUUUCGAUGACGAACUAUUGGUCGCUUGGUAUUCCCUUUCAGACUACAUCCGGACGCAGGCGUCCUUUGCCUGCAUAACUCUGUUCGUGAUGAGCUUGGGGGCCGUCUUCUCCUUCUACACGUUCAUGAAUCCGCGCUACAUGUUCAAGCGUCUGGCGGGUGGCAUCCACCUGGUGGCCGCCUCCACGGCGCUGGUGGUGCUCCAGGUGCUCUUCUCCUCGAUUGACUACACCAAGGAGCAUCUGUUCUACGCGUAUCCUGAAGGGGCAAAGCUAACCUAUGGCUACGGAGUCUACUUGGCUUGGUUCACUUUCGCGGACAAUAUCCUAUGCGGUGUUAUGUUCCUCUGGUAUUCUGGCAAGAAGAAGGGUGCCAAGGCGCCCAACGACGAGGUGGCCAUGGCAGAUGAGCCCACCAUUAUGGGCAGAUAACUGGUAACCGGAUAUCUGUCUUAUGGUAUUACCCAAUACCCAUACUGCGACCAAAGACCAAAGCAACUGGCAAGCUAGCCGCCAUUGCUUAUCAUUUCACUUUUGUUAUUUGUUGUUUUUCAUAAUGGCUGUAUUUAAAAUGUUCGCUUUAUAACUUUAAGAAUCUCAAUGCAAUAAAGGAAUUGUUUUCAGUCA